AUGCCUGAGAAAUUAACCAUCACAACUAACAUAACAGAAUUUGUCCUUAUGGGAUUCCCUGGUAAUCAGGUGCUACAGAGACUCUGUGCCUCUGUGUUCUUCCUGGUUUACCUGGCAGCUCUGAUGGGGAACCUGCUCAUUGUCACCCUCACCUCCAUUGACCAGCAGCUCCAGUCCCCCAUGUACUUCUUCCUGAAGAACUUGUCUUUUAUCGACAUCUGUUUUAUAUCUAUCACUGUCCCCAAGUCCAUCAUGAACUCUCUGACCAACAGCCACUCCAUCUCCUUUGUGGGCUGUGCCUCUCAGGUUUUCCUGGUCAUCUUUUUGGCAGGCACAGAGUAUGCUCUCCUGCUAGUGAUGUCCUAUGACCGCUAUGCUGCCAUCUGCCACCCUCUGCACUAUGAGGCCAUCAUGAACAGAGGGGCCUGUGUGCAGAUGGUGACAGUGGCUUGGCUCAGUGGCUGUGUCUAUGGAUCCCUGCAUGUGGCAGGGACAUUCUCUGUGCAUUUCUGUGGCCCCAACAUAGUGCAUCAAUUCUUCUGUGAUGUUCCUUCCCUGCUUAUACUGGCUUGUGCUGGGGACCAAACUCUAGAAUAUGCCAUCAUCAUUGCUAGCUGUUGUUUUGAUUUCGUAUGUUUUAUAUUUAUGAUUGUGUCAUAUGUUCGUAUUUUCUCCACAGUCUUAAGGAUUCCAUCUGCCAAGGGCAGGUUCAAAUCUUUCUCCACCUGUCUGCCCCACCUCACUGUGGUGACCAUGUUCUUCUUUUCUGGAAUUAUUACAUAUUUAGUCAAAAAUUUUAGAUCUUCCUCUUCAUUGAAAGUGCUGAUUUCUGUGCUUUACACUGUCCUGCCUCCCACCAUGAACCCUCUCAUCUAUAGCCUCAGAAACAGGGAUAUGCAGAUGGCUUUGGGCAAAGUGAUAUCAAGGGGAAUGUCUAGAAUGCAUUUUUGA